AUGACCUUGAACCUGAACUCACACAAAACUCAACUAGUCGCUACAGCGAUCACAGCGUCUUGCGCAACUCUAGGUCUUGUUACCGCUCUCAACACCUAUACACGCCGACAUCGAAGAAAAAACCUGAAUGAGGAUGUCGUUCGUUCCAUUACCAGCCAUGGAUCAAACUUCGGGCUUCGGUAUGAAGACUUUCGCGACGAUGCCCAAGAAAAUGUAGGGGCUGAACGGCCCCAGAACAGUUCAGUGGACCUUGGGCUUCCUUACGACGAAGAACUAAUACGAGAGCAACUGGCAAGAAACUACGCGUUUUUUGGAGAGGAGGGAAUGAAGAAAAUCAGAGAAAAGAGUGUCGUGGUUGUAGGUUGUGGUGGCGUUGGUAGUUGGGCAGCCGUCAUGCUCGUGAGAUCUGGGAUAUCAAAAAUUCGACUUGUUGAUUUUGACUAUGUCACACUGUCUUCUCUGAACCGCCACGCUACGGCACUCCUCGGCGACGUCGGGACACCCAAAGUGAAAUGCAUAGAGCGAACAUUGAAACAGAUAUCGCGGUGGGUGGAAGUGGACUCACGUGUAGACAUUUGGCGGAAGGAAGAGGGUGGGCUCCUCUUAGAAGGUUACGAUUGGGUCGUAGACGCGAUUGACAACAUUCAGACGAAAGUUGACCUUCUGAAGUACUGCCAUUCUAAUGAUAUCAAGGUCUUCUCUUCAAUGGGCGCAGGUGCCAAAUGCGAUCCAACUCGAGUCCAAAUAAGCGACAUAUCAUACACGGUAUAUGACCCACUGGCACGUUCAGUUCGGCGUCGCUUGCGACUCCUAGGCAUCUCUUCUGGUAUACCUGUGGUGUAUUCGACCGAGGUCCCAGGCGACGUAAAACUGUUACCGCUUCCGGAAGAGGAAUUCCAGAAAGGGCCCGUCAAAGAACUGGGCGUGUUUGACGACUUUAGAGUGAGAAUCUUGCCAGUACUUGGACCUCUUCCCUCAAUCUUUGGACUUUUUAUAGCUACAUACAUACUAUGUGAACUGGCGGGAAAGCCCAUAAUGAAUCCCCUCCCGAUCAAGAACAGAAGGAAGCUGUAUGAACGGUUACUGAGGGACUUCUUACACUGCGAGGAAAGAUUGACAAACCAGACCUUGAACCGACUGCCCCUGGAUGAAGACGACAUCUCGUUUAUCUUUGAGGACCUCUAUCGUGGAAGAUCUGUCAUUCCGCCCCAUGAGGUACCCACAAAGCCUUCGCUGGUGCGAUGGGAUUUACGCAAGCCGCUCGACUUAGGAAACGUAGUUGUCAUGGAAGAGAAGGAUGCGGUAAAGCACUUGAAAGCUUGCCGGCCAGAGGAGGGGUUGAUUGUACCACCGUCGGAGGUUUGGGGGAAGGAAGUGGAGGAUAUAGUUAGGGGAAGGACAGGAGAGGUUGAGCGGUAUCUAGCGUGGAACAAUCAAUAGGGCAGUCAAUGCGCCUUGAUCGUUGGAGCUCGAGGUUUUCAAUGGCAGAUGAAGGAUAAACAGGUUCUAAUCAAGCGGGACAACCACCGUUUCUCACUGGCAAGUGUAUAUUGUUGACUCAGACAGGUUAGGCACAAUAUGUGACAACUCAUUCUGGCAACCCCGGUUCUGGAGAUCCAGGUAUAGACUCCUUGUAAAGACGUGGAGUGGAUAUUCAUCAUAUCUAAUGGUGUCUGGAAUAUCUGAUGAUCUCCUUUUAUCUCUGCAGACUAACGUGUUACAAGCCGUCUAGUACUGAGACACACGAGUGCGCGCCUUGAAGCAACACUAGUCCUUCUCC